GCAGAGGAUAUUUAGAUGAUCAUCGCAAGCAGAGAGAAAGACACGUCGAAGAAGACAAUGAGAAACUCACACCCAUAAUUUGCUGCUCAUCAUUUCUAAUUAUUAAAUAAAAACGAAUAAUGGCUGCUUUCUUUCUUGGAGAAUCUGAAAUGAGAGAACACUCUUCUGAUCUUUUUAUGAUGACUCUGAAUCCGUUUCGCGAGCAGACAACGACCACUAAUGCUCAUGACGAUCACUUCUACAACUUGUGCUUUGGUUCCCAACAAUAUAGACCUCGAGAUGAAGUAGGUCAUAUAGAACAAGGAAAUUCUUCCAUCUCCACUUUUUCAAACGGAGGAGUCUUCAGGGCUUUGGCUCCGAUCUACUUGAAAGCGGCUCAAGAAUUACUCAAUGAGAUUGUCAAUGUUGGAAACGGUAGCCACGGCGCAAAACAAGAGCGACCGGUGAGUAAAGAGUCCACGAUUUAUGGAGUUGAGGACAUCAAUGGUGGCUAUAAGCCUGGCGUAGCUGCUUUGCAAAUGAAGAAAGCAAAACUCAUCUCCAUGGGUGAAAUGGUGGAACAGAGAUACAAGCAAUACCAUGACCAAAUGCAGACUAUAAUCUCAUCGUUUGAGCAAGCUGCGGGUUUAGGCUCAGCAAACUCAUACACACAUAUGGCGUUACAAACAAUAUCAAAGCAGUUUCGUGCUGUAAAAGACAUGAUAAGUUUGCAAAUCAAGCAAAUAAACAAGCUCUUGGGACAAAAGGAAUUUGACGAGCAGCUUAAGAAGUUGGGAAAGAUGGCACAUCACCAUUCAAAUGCUUGGAGACCGCAGAGAGGUUUGCCCGAAAAAGCUGUUUCCGUUCUACGCUCUUGGCUCUUUGAGCAUUUUCUUCAUCCAUAUCCGAGGGAUUUGGAUAAGGUAAUGCUUGCCAAACAGACUGGCCUUACUAAGAGUCAGGUGUCAAAUUGGUUCAUUAAUGCUCGAGUUCGAAUGUGGAAGCCACUGGUGGAGGAACUUUAUUCGGAAGAAAUGGAUAUUGAAGAAAGCAGAAAAGGAAGUGACCGGUAUAGUACCAAAGGUUCAUCUUCAAAGCAACCGUACAAUAAUACAACUUCAAAUGAAUCUUCGAACACGAUCCUACCCGCCUUUCGUCAAGGAUUCACUGAAACUGAAACCCCUAGGCAAAAUUCAUCCUCAAGUUGCAGCGUAGUCAUGAGGUUCACGAAGCAACACAUGAAUCAAGCGAACUUCAUCAAUUUCAACGGAGGGUUCGAAAACUAUCACACAAUGGAUGGAAACAGCGUCUCCCUUUCCCUCGGCCUGCCUCAUUCUUGUGACCAAACCUUUAAUAACAUUCAUUUUGAGUCAACAAGUCAUGGAACUGAGAACUCGGCCAUAUAUUCAUCUUCAACUUAUCAAAUCAUGGAUUAGAAAUAAUUAGUGGGGAUGAUAUAUUUUCUGCUUGUUGCUUACGUAUAUUCUGUGUAUAGUUUUGGCCCUUGGAUGGUUUCGUAUGGGUUGAUGUGUGUAGAUUGAUAGAGAGGAGAUGAUUAAGUAAAGGUUAUGAUAAAAAUGUAGAUAACAA